AUGUCUAUCUUGACUUUCUAUAACUCGACGGGUAAUUUAAUCUGCAAGCACGCAUGUGAUAUAAGAUCUAAACAUUUAGCAUUACCACAAAAUCAUAUAAUUGGCAAUGACGUUUAUACGGCUGAUAAUUAUGUUAACGUGAAUCGGUUGUUGAUAGUCGCCUCCAAGACUUCAUUUUGUGUCUUGUUUUUGAAAGAGUUUCCUAAAAAUUAUAACGACCUUAGAUACUCACCUGUCACAUAUCAGAGAAUAUUUCAUAUCGAUGAUAUUCCAUCUUCUACCCAUGAUGCCAUCACCGAUUUACCCCAGGCCUUUAAGACAACCAAUGAUUCUAUAUGCUGCCUCUAUUGCUCAAAUGAUUAUUUAACCAUCGGAAGAACAUCCGGAGAUAUAAAUUUGUACAGCCUUCCUAAAGUCACAUUUUUAUCCAAGAUUUCUAAUCCGUAUGCUACUGAUCGUUCUAUUAAAUUUAUCACACCUCUUCAAUCUAUCUCCUUAAAUCGUGAUUCAUCGAUAAUAGCACUGUUAGAUUGUAGUGGAAACUUGAAGUUCGGAAUGAUGUCAUCCUUUGAAGAGACCGCCAAGAUUAAGGAUACACCGAAGCUAAAUGGUUCCCAGAAUUUUAAUGAAUGGUUUCGCAAUGUUAAAAUCGAAAACGUUUGGGCGUUCAAAUGGGCGCAAAAUGACCCGCAAGCAUUUUGCUACAAUUCUAAAUCGAAAAUCCUCCAAAACACCGAUGGCAGCAGCAGCGAUAAAUCGAAUUCCUGGGCCAAGGGCCCCAUCUUAUAUUACGAUAUGCAAAUUGUUAUUUUAAACUUAAAUUCGUUGUACGAGGGGUUGGCGAAUAAAUUAACAGAUUUGCCCUGCAAAGAGAUUCUUAUCAUCAUAAAUUCUAGGUUGGUGUCAAAACUGAAAAGUAUUCUGAAAUCUGGCGAUAUUAAUAAGGCUAUCGAGUACGUUAAUAGAAAGCCCCAUAAAAUUUUGUGGAAAAUGAUAUAUGAUAACUCAUUGGAUCAAUUUGAUCUCCAAACUGCCGAAUUAUCCGCCCAAAAAUUAGAAGAUUACGCGUCACUUUAUCUAAUCAAAAAAGCCCAAAUGGCUAACCAUAGAAAUUUGGUGCAUCUUAAGAAUGCUUUAAUCUUUAUACUGAUAAAGGACUUUGAAUCAGCGGAGACGGAGCUCAUUAACUCAAACCUAAAGUUAGAAUUAUUGAAGUUUUAUAGAUCUAUUGGUAAUCUUAACAAGCUACUCGAAACGUCGCGAAAAUUUAUUCAAGAAUACCGACAAAGAGAACGUAUUUCUACCUCUAUAAUCAUGAUCGAUCCUAACCCCAUUCAGAGGAAAGAAAAGGAAAAUGAUGAUAGGAAUAAUAUAUUGGAUCUUAUGAAUACUAACGAACAUCUCCAUGACGAUGAUGAAGCUAUCCUGAAAAAGAUAUACCAAUUCAAAACACAAGCCCUUAUGAGUAUAGGAGAUCAUUAUCUUUCCAAAAAUAAUUGGAAAAAGGCGAUACCCUUUUACAAAGAAGGUAAAUCUUAUUUCAAACUCAUAGAAUGUUAUCUCAAUUCGGAUGAUCAUUUUACAAACAUGGUGCAGUUACUUAAUUCUUUAGACCCUGACAGUGAUAAAGACGUGCUUCAAAAAUUAGCAUCCAUUUUCAGGGCUCAAGGUAUGUACGAACAGUUGAUACAAUGUUUAGCCAAAAUGGGAGAGUGCCAGUCUGCGAUCGACAUUUGUAUUGAAACGAAACGUUUUGAUUUAUUGAAUCAGCCCAACUUAAAAGAAAUAAUGGACAUACAAAAUAUGGAAAAAUUAGCGCUUAUGGACCACGAAUCAGCUAAUUGUUCCUUAGACCUUUUGCCAUUUUCUGAUCGCAUGAAAUUUUAUUCAGCACAAGGAGAGUUUUUGUUGGCUGCCCAAAAUUUAUCACAGAAAUUGACGCAUUUGCCCUUUACGAAAGAUGACCCAUUAUCAUGUAUAACUCUUAAAAAAAUUUACGUUUUAAUGGCGUUGUUGUACAUGAAUCAUUGCAAAGUAUUGAGAAAAAAUAAGAAAAAAUUAGAAAUUUAUGAAGAAAAACUGACCCCACAAGGCUCCGAGGCCAAGAAUAAAGGUAGCUUGGGCAACAUAUUGGACGCAGAAAUGAGAUCGCACGAAUUCGUGCAGUUAUUAAAAGAAUCCUUGUUUAAGGCGGACGUGUACCAUUUCUUAGUGUUGGCUCAAAAGCAGUUUUAUCAAAAAAACUAUGGUGAUGCAAUCAACAGCUUAUUGUUUCUACUGCAAAAUUACGAACUAGAGCUUAAUCUGACACAGUUAUAUACGACUUUAAUUUUUGCUUCUAUCCGCUGUUCCUUUUACAACAUUUGCUUAUGGGGUCUCUCUAAGCUUAAGGAGUAUCAAACAAACUCCCAUCUUUCGCAUGCGGAUCCUAACCAAGGUACCAUGAUACAAAUCUGCGAUAGCAUGAAAAAUCGCGUGUCAUACACGAAAUCCUUAUCCAAAACCAACAAAUCCGUAAUUCAAUGUCCAAUCGAAUUAAAAUGCGUCUUGUGUUCUAAGGUUUUAUCUUCAGAUACCCUUCGAGUGAUUUACCGUGAUUUUAAAGAUCAUAAUCAAAUCGAUAUUUCGAAAGUUUGGAAAGACUACAUUUCGACCGACAACACUGACAUGAACGAUGAUAAUUUCAUUAAUUGCGAUUCGUGUGAAAUCGAUAUAAAACUCGAUUUCAAAAAGAUAAUUAGCGUGGUAAGCGGGAAACCACUGGCUGACUUGACCACCACCUCUCAUUCUACUAUACUUAGACAGAAAGAGGACAUAAAUAACAUAUGGACGUGCAGGUUAUGUAAGCGCAAGGCCUAUACCUCAGAAAUUCAGGCUAUAAAAAAUUGCCCCCUUUGUCAUUUCCCCAUUUCUAAUAAAAGUGAUUGAUAGAAGAGUGCCUGAUUGGGUCAAGAUAAUAUAAUGAAUGAAAAUAUUUAUUAUUCAUAUAUUAAUAAAUUAACUAUAAUCAUAUUUAUUUAUAAAAAAAAUAUCUUUGUAAGCCCAUAAAUAUUUCUUGUAAGACUUCAUAAUAAAAUUUACAU